UCCUGUUUCCGAUCCGGGUUCGGGCGUGAGGUUCCAGGAGAGAGCGUGAGCGCCCCGCGGUCGGGUCCUGAGAGGUCGCGCGCGGCAGCAGGCGGGCUCCCCAUUGGCUGUCGGGCGCGCGGCUGUGGGGAGCGCGCGGGGCCGCGGCGUUCCACCCGGGCGGGCGGGCGGGCGCGCGGGGCGGCUGUUGUAAACGCCGCCGGCUGGAGCGGAGCUGCAGCGCUGCCGCCCAGGGAGCAUGUCUGCAGGCCGGUCCAAGAAAGUGAAGAUGGCCACGAAGUCCUGCCCGGAGUGCGACCAGCAGGUUCCUGUCGCUUGCAAAUCCUGUCCGUGUGGUUAUAUAUUUAUCAGUCGCAAGCUGUUGCAUGCGAAACGGUUGGAAAGGCUCCAGCCCUCGGCAGAUAACAGAGGCGAGGCGAAGAGAAGGCGAACGGAAAGAGUUAGGAGAGAGAGGAUAAAUUCCGUGAUAAACAAAGACUUGGAAAACCGGAGAAGGUCGAGAUCCAACAGCUGUUCAGAUCAUAGUAGAAGAGGAAGGGGACGACCGAAGACCACCACAGCCAAAAAGCAUGAAGAAGAAAGAGAGAAACAAGAAAAAGAAGUCGACAUGUACGCAAACCUCUCCGAUGAAAAGGCUUUUGUGUUUUCAGUGGCCUUGGCAGAAAUAAACAGAAAAAUCAUCAACCAAAGACUGAUUCUCUGAUGAUCUCGUUGGCUUGGAUGCAUUCGGUGGCAUUGAAACCAAGUAGUGGAUUUCAAAUAUUUGGUGACCAGUCAAACAUCGGAUUUUCUCAUCUUCAUCAAUGGGGAGACAGGUCAUACAAUUUCCUGGAUGAAAUUCAGCUAUGGAUGGUGCUUGGGGACCGUAUAGACUGUUCUUGGUCCAGCUAUCUGCCAAGAAGCAAACUGUUUUUGCCUAGGGGUGGAAGUUGGAAAGAAGUGAAAUUCUUUAAAUUCUGCAAAGACAGCUUCUUCAAGAAUGCACGCAAUUACAAACUGUUGUAUUUUGUUCCAGAUUCACGGCCCAAAAUGCAAAAUCUUAAUUAACUUAAAAGUUCUUCUACGACAGAUUCUCAGUUCUAUUGACGCUUACCUGUGUAUAGUUCUAACAUUCUAAUAAAUUGGUAUUUUAUGGAC